GAUCACAUCAUUGCUUUCUUGACAGACAACCUGGACGGCCAGCUGUUUACCCUGCACCCGCCUACUUGACUUAAAGCGGCAUAGUCGGCAAGCAGUUACCAUGCUCUCGGUCCCAGUAAAUAUACCAAAGUGGCUGGAGGAGAACUCUCAUCUCCUCAAGCCACCAGUCAACAACUACUGCGUCUACAAUGAAGGCUUUACGACCAUGAUCGUGGGUGGUCCCAAUGCCCGCACAGACUACCACAUCAACGAGACUCCCGAGUGGUUCUACCAGCACAAGGGCGCCAUGAUGCUCAAGGUGGUGGACGACGGCGAGUUUAAGGAUAUUAUCAUCAGAGAAGGCGAUAUGUUCCUCCUGCCAGGAAACACGCCGCAUAACCCUGUACGCUUCGCCAACACCGUGGGAAUUGUUCUUGAGCAGAAGCGGCCCGAACGCAGUGUGGACAAGAUGCGCUGGUACUGUCAAAAUUGCAGCGAGGUCGUCCACGAGGCGGCUUUCCACUGCACAGAUCUGGGCACUCAAAUCAAAGCUGCAAUUGAGACAUUUAUGGCGAGUGAGGACCACAGGAAGUGCAAGAAUUGCGGAGAGAUUGCGAACUCUGUACCGAAGCCGGGUACGAUCAAGGAUCCGAACUUAGAGUAGAAAGCACUGGAGAACUGGAGAUGUAGUUGCGAUUUCAAGCCAUGCUUCCGGUAUAGCGAGGAUGGUGAAAAUCCAGUCGAUUUGUGAAUUUGCACGUCCCGUACCCGACGCUCAUGCAGGUCACUGAUAAGUAACGAUGCACUUCACCUAU